AUGGGCAACCUUCGCAGUGUUCAGAAGGCGUUCGAGAAGAUUGGCCACGAGGCGAUCGUGACGAACGAGGCCAGCCAGAUUGCCGGAGCAUCGAAGGUAAUUCUGCCGGGUGUGGGAGCGUUUGAAGAUGCGAUGCAGGAACUGCGGCGGCGGGACUUGGUCGGUCCGAUUCUGGAAACGGUUGAGUCGGGUAAGCCAAUGCUGGGAAUUUGCCUGGGACUGCAACUGCUGUUCGACGUGAGCUACGAGGAUGGCAAGCACGAGGGGCUGGGCGUGCUCUCCGGCGAGGUGGUCAAGUUCGAGGUGCCGGAGCAGUUCAAGGUGCCGCACAUGGGCUGGAAUCAGGUGGAGAUCCAGGGCGAUGUGCCACUGCUGAAAGGGUUGGAGAACGAAACGUAUUUCUACUUCGUGCACUCUUACUACGUGGUGCCUGAGGACGAGAGUGUGAUCGCCACGACCACCACGUAUCACAAGCCGUUCACGUCGAUGAUCCGCCGGGGGAAUCUUUAUGCCACCCAGUUCCACCCGGAGAAGAGCCAGCGCGAUGGGCUGAAGCUGCUGGAGAAUUUCGCGGCGUUGGAAGCCGCGGGGCUUCUCUUCAAGCGGCUCUCCAAAAUACUUGCUUGCGCGCUGGCGCUGUGGCAGACUAGCCUGUUCAACUUCUUUUCACUUAUCGGAGUUCCAUGCACGAUGCAUAUUUGGCCGGCGAUCGAUUUACGGGAUGGUCGCUGCGUACGACUCGUGCAAGGUGAUUACGGGCGCGAAACGGUCUUUGGCGAUAACCCUGCCGACAUGGCUCGUCGCUGGGUCGACGAAGGCGCCACCCACCUGCACCUGGUCGACCUCGACGGGGCCCGCGAUGGCCAUUUGACCAAUCUUGAAAGCGUGCGGGCCAUUCGCAAGGCGGUCGAUGUCACCGUGCAACUCGGCGGCGGGAUUCGCGAUCGCGAUUCGAUUGCCCAACUGCUCGACCUGGGUUUGCAACGGGUGAUUCUGGGGACGAAGGCACUGAAGGAACCGGAAUGGUUUCGCGAGGUGUGCCGGGAGUUCCCGAACCAAAUUGUGUUGGGGAUCGACGCCCGGGAUGGGUUCGUCGCCACCGAAGGCUGGCUGGAAACGAGCAAUCGCUCGGCGGUUGAAGUGGCGAAGGAGAAUGCCGCAGAACCGAUCGCAGGGAUCAUCUACACCGACAUUGCUACCGAUGGCAUGCUGGCUGGACCGAACCUGGCCGCGAUGAGUGAAAUGCAGCGUGCGGUCGAUGUGCCGGUGAUCGCAUCGGGUGGAGUAACCACGCUGGAAGACAUCAAACAACUGGCGGCCGUUCCCAUGGAUGGCUGCAUCAUUGGACGUGCUUUGUACGACAACAAGAUGAAACUUUCCGAAGCCUUGGCCGUGGCCCGUGAAGCGGCGGCGUCUUAG